GGCGACGCGGAUCCCUAAACCGGUUCGCCAGUGCUUUGCAUCGCCAGUUUUCGCCCCCGCGGCCCCGGCGGCGCAGCAACCGCUAGCUCCGAAGCAGUUUCUGUUCGGAUUGAACGCACGGUGGAGGUGUUGGUGCAUCUUCGUGAGGAGGAACCGCGCGCGAUGACCGCCGUGGUAGUAGCGCGACGAGAGGACCCUCAUCCUAUCAGGUGCUCCCGCCGACAGGUAGUGACGAUGGCGAGGUGCUCGGUUCAGCCGCCGUCAAUCGGAAUACCGUUUGUCGUGUGCGUGGUGCUCGCCGCUUUCGCGGUCGUCUGCUGCGGCGCGACGACGGACUGCAGCGCGCCGCGGGACCUGCUAUCGUCGACGCUCGGAGGCGGCGACCACAGGUGGACCGAAGUUCUCGCCGCUUCGCCUACGUCCGGCGACUCCCUGACCCUGUGUCCUCUGUCGUCGGGUCGCAACACGUGUUGCACGCACGACACCGAGCUGAGGCUACGAGAGGCCGCGUGGGACCACUUCCGCUUCCGGUUGCGAGACGCCACGGCGCCGCUGCGGCGAUUCCUGGACGACAGCCUGGCACUCUUCCGCGAGCGGCUGACCAGCCUGGUGUCCGAGGCCGAGCGCAACACGGAGAUCCUCUUCUCGGACGUGUACGCCGAGCGCGUCGCGGUCGAAGCUCGGGCCCCGGUCAGGCGGCUGUUCCGGGCACUGCGCCAUCGGCUGGGUCUCCCUUUGGGUGCAUCGGACGGCGCCGAGUCAGCCCGCAAGGACUCCGAGGACGACCCCGUGGACGCCUUCUUCGGCGAGCUUUUCCCGCUGGUGUACUUCCACACGGUGAACCCGCGCCUGGCCGACUUCAGCGACGACUACAAAGCCUGCCUCAGAGGGGCACAGGGCCGGCUCAGACCGUUCGGCGACGCGCCGCUCAGGCUCAAGGGUUCCCUCGCCGAAUCCCUAGGCGCCGUUCGCACUGUGCUUCGAGCCACGCGACUAGCGCUCGAAGUCGUCAACGCUUCCAGCUCGCCACCGGAUGACGCCGAAUCGCACUGCAGCCGGGCCCUGGCUCGAGCUCUGGGCUGCGGAGCCUGCACCUCGCUGCCACCUACGACAGUGGGCAAAGUGGCCAAAAGGAAUGGAAAGGCUUCGACAUUGGCACCGACCUGCUCGGGGCUGUGUGUGAAUGCCGCCCGGGGUGGCUGCCUGGCUGCACUGGAGGACCUGGAAGCACCCUGGAAUGACCUGGUGUCCUCCCUGCACCGCCUCCUGCCACGAUUGGUGGGUGCUUACAGUCUGGACGAGGCCUUGUCGCUGCUGGACUCGAGGGUGUCCGAGGCCGUCAUCCACGCCAUGGAGAAUGGUCCUGAGCUUGUGAAGAGGGUAAAAUUGGAGUGCGGUGACCCUCGGCGGCGCCCUGGUGGUGCCAACCGCACUGAGCUGCCUGCUGCAACCGGGCGUCGAACGUCGGGUGCGACUUUGCGAGGUGCCGACGCUGCAUUGCGGUCACGGCAGCGUGAGCUUUUGCGGCAGCUGAGCACCUCGCGCACCCUUUUCUCGUCUCUGGCCGGUGCUGUGUGCGACCCUGAUGUGGUGGCUCCGCCUCCCUGCUGGAAUGGAAUCCAGAUUGGACGAUAUGUCAAGCCUGUGGCAGCCCCUGGCAUUGCCGCUCAGCAUGAAAACCCUGAAGCAAGACAUCAAGUGUCAACGUGGGACUCCUGGUUGGACACACAUGCCCGUCGCCUGAAGGAAAUGACAACGGAAAUUCUCAGCCACAAGGUGUCAAUGAUGCCGGAAUCGGACUCCUAUGUCAUGGAAGGCAGCGGCAGUGGUGCCUGGGGAGGCGAAGACACUUCAGAUGAUGAGGACUUCGACAGUGGCUCUGGCAGUGGAUACGGACCUGGAGAGGAGUCACCCACACCAACGACACACGUUACAACUUCCACCACACCUCGUCCAAAGGCGGGCGGAUCGGCAACACCACACGUGGCAGCGGCGGCGCUCAUCGUAGCUGUGGUGUGCUCCCUGCUAUCGACGUUCGCAACCUGAGUGAGCGGCCCGUGUCUUCGCCGCUCGCAAUGUUUAGGACGGCCUACUUGCCGAGGAAACCCCGGCACCUUCUUUGUGGCAUUGUGAUAGAACUGGGCACGAGAAAUCGUGCGUUGGAAAGAUAUCAUUGAAGGUGUGUGCGGCUAUGUGGGCAAAGUGUACACGGACUGGGGUGUUCCAGCCAGCAGCACUUUCCCACUACGCGUUCUCCGGCCAAGGACCUCCCAGCUGUCUGUGAGGCCUGGCAGCUCUCGGGACAACACUGUGCCUCGAGUGUCUUCCUUCUUGCGGCUGCGUGACUUCUGGAAACAGUGUCGCUCACUGCCUUUUUUUUCUGUGCGCGUGCCAAGUGAAUGAAACCGAUCGCCUGGUCAUGCCAUCUCAACCCUCCCGCUCCUGUCUUAAAAAUGUGUCAUCGUGGUGAGGCCCUCCGGUGAUGUGUGGACUCGUGUCACAUCACUGCAGCAGCGCCUCCAAGUAGUCAUUUCCUGCAGGUGUUGCUGCUUUAUCCCCUCCUGUGGCCUUACUACGUCCGACUCAAGCUCCUCAGCUGCAAACGGCCAUUCUGAUGCAACGGAGUGCUCACCCGAGAGGCGUGGGGCUGUAACUUCUUCGAGUGUCCAUUUUUUUUUCUCGUCUUGCCAGUAGAAUACGAUCCAUCAAAGAAGCCGCUAGAGUUGCUGUAUGUGCUCAAACGCGUUGCUUGGUUAUAUUGUGAAAAAAUCAUUGUGUCGCUGUGCUUCCAUAGUGCCCGCACACAAUUUGUUCCGCAAAGAACAGUUGUUGUUUUCUGGACACCAGUAUGUCUUUAGAUGACGUGCCAUCCUUGUGCCAUAGUCAGCAGCUUCGUGUUGGCUGGUACAUGAGUGAGACUUAGCUGCCUGAGGUCUUUUGAUGGGUGUGUGCUUAUAAAACACCCUCUGACCCGCUUGAUUCGAAGGAGUUGGACUUCUGGACUGUUUCCUGGUUUCUUUACUCACACGUCUCACUCGUUUGACUCUACUGUAAUUGUAAGCAUCAGUUUUUUCAGGAUGUUUGAAAACUUGGCCUGUAUGUGUGCAACCAGUGUGCUGCAUAAGCCGCGCAAAGAGUGGUCGUCAGUUUAACCAUCUGCGGCAUGUUGGCUUUGCUUCGGUCAACUUCCUUAAAUUUUUUUUCAGUUUUGAAAUACAACCAUUUAUUCACUCUAUGUAUGCACGAAACGAUAAAUUUCUGUGUAUGUGACUGUUUCAAUGAACUUAAGUGUCUUUUGUUACUUCUCGUUACAAGCUUUUCGUUUCCCAUUGUCAUGUGGUACACUUUAAAGUGCAGGCUUUCCGAUCAAUAGCACUUUUGCAGCAAGCAAUUUCGUGACAAAGAUUUUGCACUUGAAGCAAAUCUGUGUUGGGUCUAUAAAAAUUUGCUAGAGGCUUUUAAGUACCUUCAAGGAAUUACUGAAUUUGAUGUAUGCGCAUGUUUUCACUCAGUCUCCCAACUUGCUUAUGAUUCAGGACUCCUUUGUUUUUAUGAUUAUGGCUGUGGUUACUUGACAGAACUUCUACACUGGUUGGCUCAUUUCCUGUAGCAUUUCCUCAACUCUGGCUGCGAAAUUUAUUCUUCCACUAAAUUCGGCACUGUGAAUAAACUAGGCCAUCUCCCUAAUACAGGAAAACAGUCCCUGAAAGUCUUCUUGCAGUUGUUUGUACCUGAGAAUUAUCCAUUAUGGACCAGAGUGCAUAGGCCACUUUAUGUGCAGGCAUUGCCGAAAGCUGGCCAAAUCUAUGUUGCGAUAGCUGAAUUCAAACUCUCGUAGGUUUGAUUCAACUGGUUGCGGCACUUGUCUCCUUCAGCAUGCUAUGCAGGGCAUACAAACGAAUUAGUUUUUGACCGUCGAAGACACGUCAAGCGUGAAUUGUGCAUAGGAGAUAUGGUGGCUGGUCUUCAGAGGUAACGAUUUUAGGCAACUACUGGCAGAAUUGUUGGCCUGCAUUAAGGGCUCAGUAAUCACCAUGUGAAAUAGAGCUGUUAUUAGGGUCCAGUCAGUAGUGUGUUAAUAUAUAUGAUGAGAGUAUCUUGGUCGUCCUUCCAUUUGAGGGCAGGCUGGCAUGUCCGAGCUUUCUACCUGCAAAGGAAACCUUUCAGUAGUUGUGUUUCAUACCAUUAUGUGGCAGCCGUGACCCAUGGAAGAGUUGUACUUGUGUGGUACGCAUUACCAUGCAGACAGAGACGUCUGGUAACGACGUUGCUCAUUGCAGGAAAAGCAAAGUACACUGCUCCUUCAAAACGCUUAGUUAUGGUCAAGGUUAUUAGUCAAAAAAUUUUUCGACGCAUCGCUGCGUGGCAUUUGCGCAAAUACAAGAUGAGGGGCUCAGCUUUUUUUUUUUUGUGGAAUAAGAAAAGCAAGGCAAAAGGAAUAACUUGGCAUGCACUAAAAGGGGGCACCAAAGUAACGCCAGAACGGUGCGCUUUCUCUAUUGAGCACUUGAUGAGACUUCAUUAUGCAAGCAGUAUCUAUGCAGCAAUCUUUGCCAAAAUUUGCCACUGAUAUUUUCUUGCAACAAGAGAAGCAGCAUUAGAUACGAGUAAUAAUGAUGUGUUGUUAAUGAAUUGACAAGGCACAAUAUAAAAGCUGACAGAAAAAGAUCAAGGCAUAUAAUGUCUUUAUCUGAGGAGUUUCUCAAAUCUCCAUUGAAGGGUGAGAAGAGCUUUAGAAGAUUUCGGUUAAGAUACUCGUGUUGGUGUUUUUAGUUUUCGAUGCAGCUUGAAUGCAGCUUUGUUCGCUCAAUGACGGAGAAAUGAUGUGACAGCUGAUCUGCAACAAACAGGCUGUCCUUCAAUGAAUCGCCCGACCGUCUAAUUACUUUGAGUGAAGAUGAACUGAACUGCUGUUAUAUCUGGCAAAGUAAACAGUUGCUAUAUAGAGCACCCACACUUGUGAUAUUGACCCCACUGGGCUGCACUGCAUCAGCUAGACUGUGUGCAGCUGCUGGAAUUGUUAUCUGAAGUUGUUUAUUUAUCAUUACAUUGUUCCACAUAAUCUUGUAAGAAAUAUGUUCAAUGUGAAAACUGACUGUCAAACUCAAGGAAGCCUUUUGUUUUUUAUUACAAGUUUUGUGGUAACAGUGGGACAACCUGAAAAUUUUAAAGGAUGAACUCGUCCUCCUUUGGCUUCUUUACACUGGAAGUCUGUGUAUUUUUUCACGCAACAAUGUUUUACCAGUAUAAGGGAACAUUUAGAUUAAGGGUCCUGAAUUAUUUAUUUUAGUUUCUGCAAAAGUAGCGGUGGAGUUAAUGGUGAGAGAAUAGGACUAUGCAGCUGUUUUGCUAUUGCCGCUUUUGGCAUCAUUGUCAUUUCUACUGGAAAUUCGGCUGGCAAUAGCAUUACUCGUACAUCAACUUCUAAUCUUGAUUCUGAAUUAAGCAUUUUGCCUGUGGUGUGUGCCUAAUUGUUGUUCUUUAUAUAUCAUCUAGUGUGCAUAUAUAUCUGCUGCAUUAAGAUAUAUUCGGUGAAGUAUUUGUAGAAAUUUUGCGUGAUGACUUGUUAAAAGCAAUGCGCGCAUAUAUGCUAUAUGCAAAACGAGGAAUCGCUCACUGGAGGUAAGCUUGUACUAAAAGAGCAGCUAUGACAUUGAGAGGUUACGCCCAGUUUGUACUGUUUCAAGACAUCAAUGGGAUGAUUAACUUAUUCUUCUCUGCACUAUCAAUUAUGUCUGACAACUGUCUUCCUUCACCCACUCAUGCAUUUCAGCCAGUCAUGCAAAAUUAGGCAGUGUAUAUAUAAUAUGCAUUGAGCCUAGCACGCAUUCUUCUCAUUAUGCAGGUGCUAAUCUUAUGAUGGUAAACAUAGUGUGGCCCACCUUGAUGAAAAAUUACUACCUUUAGUGGUGCUUUUGAGGCAUGAAAGCCUGCGACUAUGCACCAGCGGUGUACGAAAAGUAGCACAAAGCGUCGAAGGCAUAUGUAAGAACAUUCGCCCAGCACUGCAACGGUUAUAUGCAACUAUUUUUAUUGAAUUCACUUAAAUUUAACUAUCCUUUACCCAGAAAAACAUUGCGAACAUUGUGAUUUGUAUGCAAAAUGCACAGUUAAUUGAGCACCACACAAAACAGAAUCACUUGGCAUUUCCAUAUAUCAAAUCAUGGAUGUGGUAAGGUACCACAUACAUUUAUUACAGAGGGUAGAAAGAAUUGCCUCGUUAUAGUCAGUACUGCAGAAGCAAACAAGAAAUUCCUCCAUCAACGUUUUUUGGAAGGUUCUCACUGCAGAGAAUGAUCUCGAAAAAGAUUCCCAUGCAUUUAUAUUUCGUAAGUGCAGCACUGAAUAUCGGCUGCUUGCUGAAAAGUUAUACUGCUUUCGAGGCUUUAAGAGUUGCUCUUGCAGAGUGCGUCUCACUUUUAGUUGUAGCCGCAAGUGUAAUUUAGUUAAUAUGUGCAACUAUAUUUUUUAAAUUGCUCAGUCGUGCCACGAAGUAGUGUAGAGCAGCUUAUUGCCAGUCUGCCAUGAAGGCUCUGUCGCCACUAGUACAUAAUUCAAGUUGCUGUGUUUCACUACAUGCCCCUCUUGUUUCGGUGAUUCUGGUUUAUAAUGAUAAGAAUAAAAAAGGUUUUCUUGGAUUACAUAAGAAAAACUAUGUCUGCAGGAAUCCACUCACAGCUCACGUAAGCGCUAAGCAUAUGCUUUUUAUGUAGAUAGGAAUCUGCAAACUUAAAUUCUGCUUUUAACAGAAUCACUGCUCCUUGUAAUUUUAUUCACACUUUA